AUGGCAGCAUUGAAUGCGGUAAGCGAUGGAUCUGUUGUGAGUGAGGAUCAGUUUACCGAGGAAGAGUUCGAUGCCACAUUGUAUGUCUGGGAUCAGCUGAAAGAUAUGAAAAGCGGCGAUGAGAUGCGCCAGCUGCAUGCGCUGCGCAGCCGACUGAACGCGAUCAACAUCCAGUCGUCGGAAUCGAUGAAAAAGAGCGUCUUCACCAACUAUCAAAAAUUCAUCGACACCGCCAAAGAUGUAUCGCGUCAGAUUUUACGAUUACAUUGUCUAGUUGUGUUGCCGAGAUUUAUUCUGGGCUGGAAGAGGGAGGAUAUGCGUAACCAUGAAACUUCCAGAAGGGGGAUUCUUCCCGAAAAAGCAUGCUUGGCGUGA